AUGGAGGAGAAGGCAGUGGCCAUAAAGUGGGUCAAGAUGGGCUUCCAAAAGGUCAUCAGGGAAUUGGCCAUGGAGAUGGUCAUGAGCAAGGUCAAGAAAAGAGCCAGAGAAAAGAUAGAGAUCAUAGAGGGCAUAACAUCCAUCAGUGGUAGCACACCCAGCCCAACUUCCAGUGAACCCACCACAGCCAACACUGGAUCCAGUGCAACCUCCAGUGCGACUGGGACAGCCUCCAACACUACAUCCAGCACGACCUAUGGUGGUACCACCACAGCCACCAACUCUGGAUCCCAAGGGACCUCCAGUGGAUCCAGCACAACCUCCAAUACUGAAACCAGCAUGACCUCUGGAGGGUCCAGCACAACCUCCAAUACUGGAUCCAGCGUGACCUCUGGAGGGACCAGCACAACCUCCAAUACUGGAUCCAGCCUGACCUCUGGAGGGACCAGCGCAACCUCCAAUACUGGAUCCAGCCUGACCUCUGGAGGGACCAGUGCAACCUCCAAUACUGGAUCCAGCCUGACCUCUGGAGGGACCAGCACACCUGUCAACACUGGAUCCAGUGCAACCUCCAGUGGGACUGGGACAGCCUCCAACACUACAUCCAGCACGACCUAUGGUGGUACCACCACAGCCACCAACUCUGGAUCCCAAGUGACCUCCAGUGGAUCCAGCACAACCUCCAAUACUGAAACCAGCAUGACCUCUGGAGGGACCAGCGCAACCUCCAAUACUGGAUCCAGCGUGACCUCUGGAGGGACCAGCGCAACCUCCAAUACUGGAUCCAGCAUGACCUCUGGAGGGACCAGCGCAACCUCCAAUACUGGAUCCAGCCUGACCUCUGGAGGGACCAGCACACCUGUCAACACUGGAUCCAGUGCAACCUCCAGUGGGACUGGGACAGCCUCCAGCACUACAUCCAGCACGACCUAUGGUGGUACCACCACAGCCACCAACUCUGGAUCCCAAGUGACCUCCAGUGGAUCCAGCACAACCUCCAAUACUGAAACCAGCAUGACCUCUGGAGGGACCAGCGCAACCUCCAAUACUGGAUCCAGCGUGACCUCUGGAGGGACCAGCGCAACCUCCAAUACUGGAUCCAGCAUGACCUCUGGAGGGACCAGCGCAACCUCCAAUACUGGAUCCAGCCUGACCUCUGGAGGGACCAGCACACCUGUCAACACUGGAUCCAGUGCAACCUCCAGUGGGACUGGGACAGCCUCCAGCACUACAUCCAGCACGACCUAUGGUGGUACCACCACAGCCACCAACUCUGGAUCCCAAGUGACCUCCAGUGGAUCCAGCACAACCUCCAAUACUGAAACCAGCAUGACCUCUGGAGGGACCAGCGCAACCUCCAAUACUGGAUCCAGCGUGACCUCUGGAGGGACCAGCGCAACCUCCAAUAUUGGAUCCAGCCUGACCUCUGGAGGGACCAGCGCAACCUCCAAUACUGGAUCCAGCCUGACCUCUGGAGGGACCAGCGCACCUGUCAACACUGGAUCCAGCACAACCUCUGGGGGGACCAGUACAGCCUUCAAUACUGGAUCCAGCAUGACCUCUGGUGAGACCAGCACACCUGCCAAUAUUGGUUCCAGUAUGACCUCCAGUGAGACCAGCAUAACCUCCAGUACUGGAUCCAGCACAACCUCCAGUGGGACCAGCACGGCCUCCAACACUGGAUCCAGUGCAACCACAGGAGGCUCUGGUACACCUUUGUCAACUGGAACACACACAACUUCCAACAGAAUUAGCACAAGUGCUGGAACUCCAGUGAAUACAGUAAAGCCCAGUGGGUCCCUGAAGCCAUGGGAAAUCUUCCUCAUCACUCUGGUCUCGGUUGUAGUGGCCGUGGGAUUAUUUGUUGGACUCUACUUCUGUGUGAGAAACUCCCUGUCCCUGAGAAAUGUCUUUGACAGAGCUGUCUACCGACUCCAUGGCCCCAACCUCGGCCCAGGCCCUGGAGGGAAUCACGGAGUCCACCACAGGUCUGGGUGGAGCCCUAACGGAUUCUGGAGGAGACCAGUAUCCUCAGUAGCCAUGGAGAUGAGAGAGACCCACGAUGGGCUCUAA